AUGAACUCGUUCGUCAACGACAUCUUCGAGCGCAUCGCGGGCGAGGCGUCGCGCCUGGCGCAUUACAACAAGCGCUCGACCAUCACGUCGCGCGAGAUCCAGACGGCCGUGCGCCUGCUGCUGCCCGGCGAGCUGGCCAAGCACGCCGUGUCCGAGGGCACCAAGGCCGUCACCAAGUACACCAGCGCCAAGUGAGCCCGCCGGCUGCGGAGCAAUCGGUAAGGCUCGACCCACACCCCAAAGGCUCUUUUCAGAGCCGCUCAAUCUUCUAAAGGGAACUGGCACUUAUCUACACUGGGUCUUUGUUUUCUGUAAAGGAAACGUAUCUGAAUCCGUGUUUUCAUCUCGCUAGAAAUUAAUUCUAGCGUAUGACAAAUUGAAAUAACGGAGGAGACAUUUCUGUGGGUUUCGGUCAGGAAGGCUCGCGUUCGUGAUUAGACAAACCUAGGGAAAGGAAGCACCCUUUGUCUUCAGAACAAGACCUGGUCGCCUUUGAACACGUCAGCCUGGCAGGAGGUACCAUUGUCACAAAGCUUGGAGCGCUCUGUCCUUAGUUCUCAGGUGCGCCCUCGGCACUCUCUGAGAAGCCUACACAUACACACCCUUUUAUUCAUUGAUGUUUCUUUUGGGAAUGGGGUCGGCUCUGCUCGCUUGAGUUAGGACUCGCCAUCCGCCAAGUUAGAAAGGCCGUGGAAGGAAAUGGAAGAUCCCGCUCCGCGGUGGCCACGUCGGCCCGGGCAGCCAACCGGGGCGCAGCGCGCGCGAAGUUUGAACGUAACCGCCCUCCGCCCUCUGUGAGUCCUCACUGCGGUGAGGCUGGGUGGCUGGGCGGGAGGAACUGCCGUUUGACUCACUCACUCGUUUCUCUGGUCGAAAUUCCUCUAGGGGAGGGACUGGGUUCUGUUCCCUGCCUUUCCUGUCGGAGAAUCCAUUCCAGGUUUUCUUUUA